AAUGACUCGGCGGUGCUCGCACUGCAGCAACAACGGGCAUAACUCGCGCACGUGCCCGACGCGUGUCGGGUCCUCCUCCUCCUCCCCCUCCUUAGGAGGCGGCGUGAAGCUGUUCGGCGUGAGGCUCACCGAUGGCUCGAUCAUUAAGAAGAGCGCCAGCAUGGGAAAUUUAUCCAGUGCGGCGGCGCACUACCAUUCCUCGUCGCCGAACCCGGACUCCCCGAGCUCCGACCAGCUCCAUGACCCGGUUCACGUUCCCGACGGUUACUUAUCCGACGACCCCGCCCACGCUUCUUCCUCCGUCAAUCGCCGCGGCGAUCGUAAAAAAGGAACGCCAUGGACAGAAGAGGAGCAUCGAAUGUUCUUGAUUGGUCUCCAGAAAUUGGGGAAGGGAGACUGGCGUGGGAUAGCACGGAGUUAUGUGACGACUAGGACUCCCACCCAGGUGGCAAGCCAUGCCCAGAAGUAUUUUAUCCGACAGAGUAAUGCUACACGAAGAAAGAGGCGGUCCAGCCUAUUCGACAUGGUUCCUGAUAUGGCACCUCCCUUGCCAGAAGAACAAAUUUUUCUUCCUUCUUCUUGGGAAGGAGAUUCUGAAGAUGCAAACUCACUACCUUCAUUAAAUCUUUCCCUCAGCUCAGAGAGCAAACCCAUGGAAACCACACAUGAAGAAACUGUAAUAGAACAUGAUCACGAGCCUGCAAUGGGAUCAAAUGGUUUCCCGCCAAUGGCUCCACCUUACGUCCCAGCUUAUAUGUCCUACCCCUGGCCAUAUUGGGCACCAAGUGCAGGGCCCUUUAGAGAAAUGGUUGGUGAGCCCUCUCGCCAACCAGUCUUAAGGCCAAUUCCUAUCGUUCCUAAGGAGCCUGUCAAUGUGGAUGCGCUGGGCAUGUCUCAGCUCAGUCUAGGAGAGACGGAGAGAGGAUUGAAGGAGCCAUCGCCUCUCUCCUUAAAACUACUUGGAGAGCCGUCAAGGCAGUCGGCAUUCCACCCGAAUGCUCCAGCUAGUGAGCCGGACUUGAGCAAAGGCAAGAGCAGUGCGAUCCAAGCAGUCUGAAUUGGCGAAAUGGAGCAGCGUCUCGGUCUUCUUUUUGGGCUGUUUUGUACAAUUAUAAUGUUAUAUUAGACAUUCUCUUUUAUUUUGUUUUUUGCAAUGGUCUGAAGUCUUAUAAAUAACAUAGGCUAGAUAGCUAUUCUUUCUAAUUGUAAACAGCUAGAAAUUUCAA